AUGGGUUUCAAGUUGCUCAAGGUACUAGAAACUGUUAAAGUCCGGUUUUACCAUAUUCCAACUGAAAUUUUGAAGCUACUUUAUCUGCGGUUGCUUGCCCUAAUUUGCAACGCGGACCUCCCUCCUUCCAUAUCCAACCUUUUUAACCUUCAAGUCUUGAUUAUCUAUCCAUAUAUGAAUAUUAAAAAGCGUGGAGUUCAGUCAUAUAUGCCCGUGCAAAUUUGGGACUUGGAAGAACUACAACAUAUUGAGAUAAUGGGAACUGACCUACCAACCCCUAAUACUUAUGAUGCUACCUUGAACAAACUCAUCACACUUCUUGGUGUGAGUGCAAACAGUUGUACAUGGGAAGUUCUCAAAAGAACUCCUAAUUUAAAGAGAUUAUCAAUUCAUGUGGAGUUGAAGCCUUAUGAUGAUGAUAGUGAUGAAACCAACCCGUUGAGUUGCUUGAGUUAUAUAUCACAACUCCAGAACUUGGUUAACCUUGAAUAUAGCAUCUGGAAUCCUGAGAUGAAGUAUGAGCUUCAUACUAUUCCUCUUUCAAUGUUUCCAUCACAUCUCAAUGAUUUACGUUUGAGGGGGUUGGGGUAUCCUUGGAAGUACAUGAAUGACAUUGGUUCGCUGCUGCCAAAUCUCCAGCAUCUCAAUUUAAAAUCCUAUGCCUUUCGAGGCCCGAUGUGGGAAAUAAAACCAGGCAGUUUCUUGAAACUUACUACACUUCAAAUUAAAGACACCGAUUUGGUGCAAUGGAGACCUCAACAUGGAAGCUUCCCAGAGCUUAAAGUUCUAAGCAUGAAGCAUUGCUACAAAUUACAACAGCUCGAUUGGCCGUACGAUGACUCUUGGAUAAAGGUCAUCGAAUUGGUGGAGUGCAAUCCUUUAGCUGUUGCUUGUGCCAAUCAAUUAAAGGAUAAGUUUUCCUUUGAACUUAUGGCUCGUUCUUCUUUUUGA